UUGCCCUGGAUUUUUUGUGGCAAAUUUAAUGACAGUUGCCAAAUUUUGUCUAUCGUUCUACUACCGCCAAUAAAUUUUUGUACAAAAAUAAACAAUUAAGCAUGAAAUAUUUGCUCUAACUUCUAAAUUUUCGUUAUCCCGACAUAAAAAUUAUAUUCAGUGCAUUGUGACUUUUAUUUUAAAUAUAAUAACGUAAAAAAAUACAUAUUGUGACGAAAUGUCAUUCUUCAGCGGAAACACUUCGUUGGGCGCCACAAGCACGCCGGCUAAACCUGGCGGGUUAUUUUCUACAUUUGGUACUGGUGCGCCGACAGCAGCGCCAGCUUUCGGUAGCACAGCAACAUCAACAGCAGCUCCAACUUUUGGAACAUCAGCCUUUGGUGCCACAGGAUUUGGAACUGCGGCUACUUCAUCUGCGCCAUCGCUUUUUGGCGGUACAGCAACAGCCACCAAUACGACGGGCUUUGGCGGUUUCGGCACGGCAACAUCUGCAGCGCCUGCGUUUGGUGGUUUUGGAACUACUGCUGCCACUAGUGCUCCCGGCUUUGGUGGUUUCGGUACAACUUCAACAACAUCAACAGCGCCAGCUUUUGGAGGAUUCGGUACACAAACGAAUGCUUUUGGUGGUUUCGGUACCGGUGGAAGUGCCUUUGGUUCAACUUUCGGAAAACCGGCUGCUACAACUGUAACACCUGGAUUUGGCGGCUUUAGUGGUGCCACUAAUUUUAUGCUGGGACAACCACAGCAGCAAGCUCCACAACUAUCGCCAGAUGAAGCCUUCUCACAGUCCAUUUUCAGUGUAUCCAUUUACGGUGAUGAGCGCGACACAAUUAUAGCAAAAUGGAAUUAUUUGCAGGCGAUGUGGGGAACUGGAAAAUCAUUUUAUUCUCAAAAUGCCGUGCCUGUGGAAAUUACGCCGCAAAACUAUCUCUGUCGUUUCAAAGCAAUGGGCUACAGCCGAUUGCCUGGAAAAGACAAUAAAAUGGGAUUAGUCGCAUUGAAUUUUAACAAACCGCUGGCUGAAGUUAGGGCUCAACAGCAGCAAAUAAUCUCAUCCCUAAAUGGUAUAUUUGGCAAUAAACCAAAUCUUGCUAUAAAUAUAGAGUCAAGUAAAGAGCACGAAGAGAAAAAGUGUCAAUUAGUGAUUUAUGUGGAAGAGCGUUCACAAAUGUCGCCGAACGAAACUAAACGUAUACUCGCCAGUGAUGUUUCGAAUUAUCUGAAUCAGGCGAACGUGAAAGCCCAAUUAGGAAAUCUUGGCAUUGUUGAGGUCCUGGCAUUAGUAUUACCCGAUGAGGAUCAACUUAAGGAGUAUCUAGAGAAUCCACCAAAGGGCGUCGAUCCACGCAUGUGGCGCCAAGCAAAAUUAGAUAAUCCGGAUACAACGAAAUUUAUACCAGUGCCAAUGAUUGGCUUCAACGAUCUGAAGUGGCGCACCAAGUGUCAGGAGAGUGAAACCGAAACACAUGCACUUUAUUUGAAGAAAGUGGAAAAGGAUUUAGCUGAGCUAAGGCAGCGACACGUUGCAGCAACAGCAAAGAUAAUGGAGCACAAGCGAAAAUUGGCGGAAUUAAGUCACAACAUCUUAAAAAUUAUUGUGAAGCAAGAGUGCACACGGAAAAUCGGACUGGCGUUGACGCCAGAGGAGGAAGCGCUACGCACAAAGUUAGAGAAUAUGCAAGCUUUAGUUUCUGCGCCAACACAAUUCAAGGGACGUCUCAGCGAAUUGUUAUCACAGAUGCGUAUGCAACGGAAUCAAUAUGCGUUCACCGGUGGCAGUGAAUACGCUAUCGACAAGGAUAGUGAGGAGGAAAUGAAAUCAUUUUUAGCAAUGCAACAGAAAGCGAUGGAAGUGCUGACCGAUACUGUUACAAAGGACUUGAAAUCAUUAAAAAUCAUUAUAGAGGGUAUGCCGGAGCUGGUACGCGUUUAAUAAUAGUGCUUAAUGUAAAUCAAAGGAGUUUUAAUAAAAUUUAUUUGAAGUAAGUUAAAAAAAGGUUUUGAAUUUGUGCAAUAA